CGACAUCGGCCUCUUCAUCAACUUGACAUCAAAAAUGCAUUGGAGCAACCACCUGGGUUUGUUGCUCAGGGAGAGUCAUCGAAUAUGGUUUAUAGGCUACACAAGUCUUUUUAUGGUCUUAAGCAAUCUCUGAGAGCUUGGUUUGGCAGAUUCAGCAUUGUAGUACAACAAUUUGGUAUGGUUCGUAGUGAAGCUGACCAUUAUGUCUUUUAUCGUCACCCAGCCUAUGUCUUACAUUUUUGUCCUGAGCCCUUUUCUACAUUCAUCCCUAACCUCCUAUUAUUGUCCCUCUUGAGUCCCCAUUCCAAGCGAGACCCCACCAGUGGACACCCGACCUUCCCAAUCACUUUGGACUUACCACUAUUGCUAGCCACCUACUUUGGUGAAUGCAUGUCCCUUCCCCCGCUACGUCAUCUAUCAAAUCCGCUCCUACCACUCAAGUCUGACAUUGUCAUAGCUCUUUGUAAGGAUAUUCAUUCUACCCGUAACCGAUCUCACUAA